UGUGCGAUCUUCCGUGGUGGGGAAUUGUGACCCUCCGUCCAAGGCGUCACCGUCCAUCCCGCUUCUAUCUUUCAUCAAAUGCUGCAUGUACCUUCACCACCGCUAGAAGCUACCUAGACAGUUCGCAUUCACCGAACGCAAUUUGCGCCUGGGGCCGACGAACCCGCCGUGAGCGCUACGAGCGAAGACAUCGCAGCUCAUCGUCAUACGAGACAUUUUAUUCCUAAUUUCAGCAAGCAAGCCGAAGCGCAAACUAUUUAAAGCUUUUGUUUGAGACAAACCCUCAAUCAUCUCUUUGCGUCCACCGCGUGUAUUUUUUUCUAACCGCCCAGCCUUGCGUGGACCUACAAAACAUCCUCGAUUUCUACGAUACCGGCGAUCCAAGAGCUCUCACGUUUUGCUACUGAUUAGACACGAUUACCUGUAAAUUUGGACAUGAUGGCAGGACUAUUCCGAAAAGUGUAUGACUGGUUGCUCAGAACGUUCUGGGCGACUGAAAUGGAUGUCACGAUGAUAGGUCUGCAGAAUGCUGGGAAGACCUCUCUGCUUCGCGUCUUAUCGGGUGGAGAAUUUACGAUCGACUCUAUUCCCACUGUCGGUUUCAAUAUGAAGCGCGUACAACGUGGCCAUGUGACACUCAAAUGCUGGGACUUGGGCGGUCAACCUCGUUUUCGGCCGAUGUGGGAGAGGUACUGUCGCGGAGUGAAUGCGAUCGUGUUCAUCGUAGACAUCGCUGACCAAGACCUACUGCCCAUGGCAAAGGAAGAACUUCAUUCCCUCAUGUCGCAGCCGAGUCUCGAAGGGAUCCCGUUGCUCGUGCUAGGCAAUAAGUCUGAUCUCCAUAUUAAGCUCAGCGUGGACGAGCUCAUAGACGCUCUAGACCUUAAGAGUAUAGGACAUCGCGAGGUUUCCUGCUACGGAAUUAGUGCAAAGGAGGAAACCAACCUAGACGCGGUAAUCCAAUGGCUCAUGAAGUGGGCGAACAGAUGAACUCUCUUUACGCAACACUUGACUUCUGUUCUUUUUAUUUCUCCGGCCACCGGGGUAUCGUCUCGC